CAGUAUCUGUAUUUACAACCCGCUACUGUGCUUGAAGAGUGGGAGUGGAGUUUACCGCUAUCCACAGGAAGCACAAAGGUGGCUACCGGCGAUACGUCCAAUGUCGGACACGGAGAGCCUCGCUUAACUUGGACAUUAAAAGAAAGCCGUCUCUCUGCUCAUUAACUCCGAUCUAUUGUGAGGAUGUUUGCGCUAAUUCCCGUUAGGAAUUGUCAUGGAAACGUCUUUUCUAACGUCAGACUCUCCCGUAUGAAAAGGAGCCUGAGGUGUGAUCUGGACAAAGAAAAACAGGAGUGAAGGGAACUGUUAAUCGAUGGCCAAACCCAUACAGCUCUUAUAUAAACUUUGACAAACAGAAGUGUUUGGACCAAAGCAUUACUGUAGCUAUUUGCCAUGGAAGACACAAACCCCAAACCACCCACACCAGAUCUUAGCCCUGCACAUAGUCCUGCUCCUAGCCCAGCACCUAGUCCAUUACCCAGUCCAGCUCCCAGCCCCCUGCUGGACAAAAUCCCCAUACCUUCAGCAAACCAUGUUGAGCACCUCAAUGUAAGCCAGAUCCAGGUGGUGGUGCGACGUGCUUCCACUCCAAAUGUAACAGAGGAGACAACAUAUUUUAUUCCUCGAAACCAAGUGGUGGACGCAGGCACAAACACAGACCCCCCUUUAGUGUGCUGUCCUCUGAUCCAGAGAUAUUGCCCAUGUCCACCAAGAGGCAUCCUGGCCUCUCUCAUAACCAAAGUUAUCUUGGCAGGCGUCCUCUUUGGUGUGAUUUGGUCCAUCACAGUGGAGGAAUGUCUUCCAGGGGGAAACUUGUUUGGCAUCACAGUCCUCUUCAUCUCUGCACUCGUUGGAGGCAAACUGGUGGCUCUAGUCCAUCUUCCUAAACUUCCACCCUUCCCUCCAUUAUUAGGUAUGCUGCUGAUGGGCUUCACGCUGAGGAACAUCCCAGUGAUAACAGACAGUGUGUACAUUAACACCAAAUGGUCGGCCUCACUGAGGAACAUUGCUCUGGCUGUCAUCCUUGCCAGAGCUGGUCUGGGCUUGGACCCAUUGGCCCUGAGGAAACUGAAGUCUGUGUGCUUACGUGUGGCCGCGGGUCCGUGCCUCAUAGAGGCUUGCACCAUAGCUCUCGUUUCUCACUUCCUCUUGGACCUACCCUGGGUGUGGGGCUUCAUCCUCGGUUUUGUGCUGGGUGCUGUGACUCCAGCAGUGGUGGUUCCUGCUAUGUUGCUGCUCCAGAACGAUGGCUACGGUGUGGAGCAGGGCAUCCCCACGCUGAUGAUGGCUGCGUGCAGCUUCGACGACAUCCUGGCCAUUACUGGGUUCACCACAUGCCUUGGCAUGGCCUUCGCUACAGGCUCCACUUGGUACAAUCUUCUGAGGGGGUUGUUGGAGGUGGCUGGUGGGAUGGUUGCUGGGAUUCUCCUUGGUUUCCUCAUCCAACAUUUUCCUAGUGUUGACCAAAAACACCUGGUGAUGAAGCGCUCCUUCUUGGUGCUGGGUCUGUCCGUCUUUGCCGUGUUUGGCAGUGGUGUGGCUGGCUUUCCCGGAUCCGGAGGCCUUUGCACUCUGGUGUUGACCUUUCUGGCUGGGCUCGGCUGGGGUCAUGAGAAGGCACGGGUGGAGGAAGUGGUGGACUGGGCAUGGGACGUGUUUCAGCCGUUGCUUUUCGGACUCAUAGGAGCAGAGAUUCGUGUCUCUGAGCUGGAGGGACACACAGUCGGUUUGGGUAUUGCCUCGCUGCUCAUUGCCCUUCUGGUGCGAGUUUCGUUCACUUUUGUGUGUGUGUUGUGCGCGGGUUUUAACCUGAAAGAAAAGCUCUUUAUCGCCAUCGCAUGGAUGCCCAAAGCCACAGUCCAGGCGGCUAUAGGCUCCACAGCGUUAGACAUGGCCAGAACAAAGGAUAGCCCAGAGCUGCAGGUAUAUGGCAUGAAGGUGCUGACAGUGGCUGUGCUGUCCAUCCUCCUCACAGCUCCUGUAGGAGCAAUAAUUAUAGGACUGUGUGGACCUCAGUUACUGCAGAGACCCAAGAACUCUGCCUGUGGUGAGCGAGUCAAACCCAAUCUAUCAGCCUUUUUCUUAGGCACUGAAGCUGGAGGAGAAGAUGACGACGAAACACCAGUGAGUUAUGAAAGUACACUCUGACACAAGGUGUCCUCGUCCACCAAAGAACAUUAGAGAACACUAGAGACAUGUCCCCACACCUCAGACACCUGGGUGUCCUUCUCAUCUUCAUCCCAACGACUGCAACAGAAAUGUGUGUGUAUGCCCGUAUUCAUGGCCUGGGAUUGUUACCAUCCAAACGAAUGACAUAAGCCAUAUCUUUUGCUGAAAAAGUACUCAGUAUUUGAUUUUUUUUUUACUCUAUUUACUAAAUAUGAAUUAGGUGUCUUUCUUGUUUGUUUAGUUUCCAGUAAACCAGAAACAUAACUCCAGAUGAAGAUAAAUCAGCUGUUGUUCACAACCCCAACAAUGUCAACAUAAUCUUUAUCAUGUAAAGAGCAAAUAAUGUGUAUUUUCAUGUUUUUAACUAAUUUUUAUUACAGGUGUGCAUAUUUUUUUAAUUUGUACCAUUUAGUAGCAAAUAUUUAAUAAUUUAUUUGAAGAAUGUAUUUUUUAAAUUAAAA